GAAUAGAAUUUUGGCUCCACUAUCCAAACCGAGCGCAACAGACAGAGUCGCAGUCCUUCUUUACUCCUCCGUUCUGCGUAAAUUUGAAUUUUGAGGAAAUGGUAGAACCAGAAACUUCAGAUUUCAUCUCCUAUUUACCUUCGGUAAUUUUCUGUCUAAGUUGAGCUUUUCUUGCUGAAGUAUAGCUCCAUUUUUUUCUUGCAUAUUUCCAUGAAUCUAACUCAGAAAUCAAUCAAAUACACAUGUUCGAGUGGAAAUUUAUUAAUUGAUUUCAAGAAUUUGCAGUCAAGAUUGAAUUUUACAUCAUUGUCAUCGUCAAAUUUUCUCCAAACUCUAACAGUCAAUAAUGGGUCCAGACCCAUUUCAAAUCCCCUUAACAACUUUCUACCUGAAACCCAAAACCCUCAAAACAUUGUUAGUCUGAUAUGCUCAGCACUAAAGAACAAAAACAAUGGCCAUUUGGUCCUUCUUCAGAAAACCAUCGAAGAUCAUGGGCUUAUUAGUUAUCUCAGUAACACUGAAAUCUCAAGGGUUCUGUUGAGAUGCCAGUCUGAUUCAUCUACUGCUCUUAGCUUCUUCAACUGGGUCAAGACUGAUUUAGGUGUCAAACCUAACACUCAAAACUACUGUCUUGUUAUUCAUAUAUUGACUUGGUCAAAAAACUUUUCACAAGCAAUGAAGAUUUUGUCUGAAUUGGUUGAUUUGAAGAGAGAUGGACUGGUCAGUGUAGAUGUGUUUGAGAGUUUGCUUUCAGCUAGUGGUGUAUGCAAUUGGGACCCUGUUGUGUUUGAUAUGCUAAUUAAGGCUUUUCUCAAGGUGAAUAUGGUGAAAGAUGGUUUUAGAGCUUUUAGAAAGACGGUGAAGCAUGGAAUGUACCCGAGUGUUAUUACCAUAAACUGUCUUUUAAAUGGACUUUCAAAGUUGAAUUAUAGCAAAAAAUGUUGGGAAGUGUAUGCUGAAAUGGAAAGAAUAGGAGUGCACCCAAAUUCGUGUACCUUCAAUAUAUUAACUCUUGUCUUGUGCAAGGAUGAAGAUGCGAACAAGGUCAAUGAUUUCUUGGAGAAAAUGGAAGAAGAAGGGUUUCAACCUGAUAUAGUUACAUAUAAUACAUUAGUUAGUAGCUAUUGUAGGAAAGAAAGAUUGAAAGAUGCAGUCUACUUGUAUCAAAUUAUGUACAUUAGAGGCGUAUUACCAGAUUUGUUCACAUACACUAGUUUGAUUAAUGGCUUUUGUAGGAAAGGAAAUGUGAGAGAUGCUCAUCACUUGUUCCUGAGAAUGGCUGACAGAGGGUUAAAACCAGAUCUUAUUUUGUAUAACACUCUUAUUUGUGGUUAUUGCAAAGAGGGGAUGAUGCAAGAAGCACGGUUUCUUUUGCAUGACAUGAUUGGAGAAGGGAUGUACCCUGAUAAGUUCACUUGUUCGGUUCUUGUACAAGGAUAUCAAAAGCAGGAUAAUCUAGUUUCCGCUGUGAAUUUAGUCACAGAGCUUCAAAGGUUUAGAUUUGUAGUAUCUCAUGAUAUAUACAACUAUCUAAUUGCUGCUCUUUGUAUGGAGAAUCGACCAUUUGCGGCCAAGGCUCUAUUGGAUCGAGUAUCUGACAAUGGAUAUGAGCCUGACAAUAUGGUCUAUAGGGAAUUGAUUGAAUCUUUCUGCAGAUGGAAUUACCUUGAUGAGGCCUUGUGUUUGAAAGCUGAGAUGGUGUCAAAAGAUUUGAAGCCCGAUAUAGGUACAUAUAGAGCUAUAAUUAAGAGUUUGUGUAAAGUAAGCCGAAGCAUGGAGGCCAAUUCCUUGAUGAGAGAAAUGACUGAUUUUGAUGUGCCGCCUGAUAUUGAAGUUUGUAGAGCUUUAGUAAAUGGGCAUUGCAGAGAAAACAAUUUCUGUGAGGCGCAAUCGCUGUUAAGCUUCUUUGCUCAAGAAUUUGGAAUAUUUGACACAGUUUGUUACAAUGCAAUUGUCAAGCUUCUAAGCGCUGAAUGUGAUAUUGCCAAAUUGUUGAAAUUUCAAGAUAGAAUGAGGAAAGUGGGUUUUGCGCCAAAUCAGCUGACAUGCAAGUACGUAAUUGAUGGAUUACAGAAAGCUGUGAGAGUCCAAAAAAUCAACACCCCAGUGCAGUAAUGAGGUAUACAUUUUACAUUGGAUGCUCCCUUUCUGGCCUCCUUUUCUUUUUGGUCUCUGAUUGGCCUCGUUUGUGGAAACAUACACAUCUUCUCUAUGGAUCUAGGAAGCUUUCUAGAAAGAUAGUUUGGGAUGCAGUGGGUGAUGUUAGACCCGGUGAAGGAGGCACUCUCUAGCUGGAAAUUCAGAAGAAAGGAAGAGAAGUUGAAGAGCCUAGGAUGUUGCUUCAUUAGUACUCGUUUGGGUCCUGCAGAAGGGAAGAAAUAGGAGAGCUUUUGAUGGGAUUGAGAACGACAAUGUACAUUUGAGGAAUAACUUCUCUUUUCUAGUUUCUUUUUGGUGCACCCAUGAAAUUCUGGUGUAUGUAGAAGAUCGGGCAUUGUUUGUAGAGAAUAUAUUAUGUUGUAAAUUCUCUACCUUUUGGUAUACUGCUUCCAUACAGCAAUUUUCUGCACUAUUAAUAAAGUUUUUUUACCUUAUAAAUGAAAAAAA